GCCCUCUGAUGGAGAACGUCUCCAAUGGCAGCCAGGGGCCCUUGGAGCCACGGGGCACUGGCAGUAGCCUGAAGGUGGCGUCAGGCUGCUUGCUCUCGCUGCUGGUGCUGAGUACUCUGUUGGGCAACGCCCUCGUGUGUCUGGCCGUCAUACGGUUCCGCCACCUGCGCGCCAAAGUCACCAACUGGUUUGUGCUGUCGCUGGCUUUGUCUGACCUUUGCGUGGCGCUGCUGGUCAUGCCCUGUAAGGCGGUCACUGAGGUGCUGGGUGGCGUGUGGGUCUUUGGCAGCCGCUUCUGCGACAUGUGGGUGGCCUUUGACAUAAUGUGCUCCACGGCUUCCAUUCUCCACCUCUGUAUCAUCAGCCUGGACCGCUACUGGGCCAUUGCCAGCCCCUUCCGCUACGAGCGACGGAUGACCCAGUGUCUGGCCUCUGCAAUGAUUGCCCUGGCCUGGACUCUCUCCAUCCUCAUAUCUUUCAUCCCUGUCCAGCUCCAUUGGCACAAAGUUGAGGAAUGGGGGACGCCUGAUCUGCAGGUGCCACGCUGUGAUGCUCGACUCAACCGCACAUACGCUGUUGCCUCCUCCUUGAUCAGUUUCUACAUCCCUGUCUCCAUCAUGAUUGGUACCUACACACGGAUCUACCGUAUUGCUCAGGCUCAGAUCCGUCGUAUCUCCUCUCUGGAAAGGGCAGGGGGUCUGUGCUUGGCCCACGGGAAAGAGCCCUCCUCUUCCUUGCGGAGCUCGCUGUGCAAGGAAACCAAGGUGCUGCAGACUUUGUCCAUCAUCGUGGGGGUCUUUGUCUGCUGCUGGCUGCCCUUCUUCAUCCUCAACUGUCUGUUGCCCUUUUGUGAACCAAGGCCCAGCAGCAGAAUUUCCGAGCAGGCCCCCUGCAUCAGCCAAACAACUUUCAGUGUUUUCAUGUGGCUUGGCUGGGCCAACUCCUCUGUCAACCCAGUGAUCUAUGCUUUCAAUGCAGACUUCAGGCAGGCCUUCAGCAGCCUGCUGGGCUGCCCCCAUCUCCCUUGUUGGGCUUUCAACAGCUCUGCCAUUGAGAGAGUCAACUUAAGCCAUGAGCUGGUCUCCUAUCACCGUGACUCCUCCUGCCACAAGAGUGGAGAUGACCCAGUUCCAUUACCUCUGCCCGCCAUUACUGCCUGGAGUCAGUCACUGCCCCAUGCAGUAAAUUCCCAGGGAGAGGAAGAGGGCAAUGGAGGACCCCUACCAGAGACAGAGAUGCUGCCAUCAUGUCCAGUCACUCACAGGAGCAACACCAAAAACCUUCACUUGCCACCUUUGCUCCCCUUUGAAUGUGAGGCUGAGAUAUCUUUGGAGACUAUUGCUCCCUUUGCAGAGAUUAUUGGGCACUAGAAUCCCUGAGGUAUGGCAGACUACACACACAGACACAAUUAUGGAGCAGUCACAUGGGAACUCAUUCACAUAAGAAGGGGCCAGCAUCCUGUUUUCCCAUAAUGCCCAACCAGAUACCAAUAGGAACUCCACAAGCAAGACCUGAGGGCAAUAGCUCUCUCCUAUUGUUAAUCUCCAGUGACUGGAGGUAGCAUAUAACCAUCAUGUCUAUUUAUUUAGAUAUUCUAUUCUGCCCAAUCAGCAUAGUGGGUGAUUCACAACUGAAUGUUUUAAUAGCCAUUGACAACUCUAACUUACAUGAAUUUAUUGAAUCCCCUUUUCAGGCCAUCUAAAUUAGAGGCCAUGAGGAUCUUUCACUUUCCUAAAUAUGGUUGCCUCUGUCUGGGAAUUUAUAUGUCUUCUCUUAUAGGCCUGGUUUUCACUGAAGUGGUAAAUCUGUGUCUGGGCUGUACCACUUCAGCUUGUAGAUGGGGCUUAUGUACUUGAAUGCUUUUUCAUAAAUAAAUAAAUAAAUAAAAAGCAGCUCAUAAUCUGCCAUAUAGAGAAGGGCCAGCCCUACCAUUAGGCAGAAUGCAGCAACCACCUCAGGUGGUGGAUGUUGUGAGGAGGGGCAACAGAGCAGUGGUGAGGUUUUGGCAAGGUGUGUGUGUGUGUGUGUGUAGCCUGCUACCUUACAGGGAACAGUGGAGGAUGAUUCCCUCCCACUAAUGAUUCAACAGAGAAGUGGCUCGCCAGGCAGCAUGGAGCCACUAUGAGAGCUUCCUGGAGGUAGGGCGCUGUUUCUUACUGGGAGGGAGAGGGAUGAGGUGGUGAGGAGGUUGAACCAGUGCAAAUGCACUUGCAGGGCCAAUUCAGCACUCCUGCUGGUGCUUUUACACUUUGUUGACCUC